GCUUUACAACACUGCCAAGGUCCCAGGGUGCCUGGUGCUUAUCUGAGGUGACACCAUGUGCGACGACGAAGAGACCACCGCCCUUGUGUGCGACAACGGUUCCGGUCUGGUCAAGGCCGGAUUUGCCGGGGAUGACGCACCACGUGCCGUCUUCCCGUCCAUCGUCGGCCGCCCUCGUCACCAGGGCGUCAUGGUGGGUAUGGGCCAAAAGGACUCCUACGUGGGCGACGAGGCCCAGAGCAAGAGAGGCAUCCUGACCCUGAAGUACCCCAUCGAGCACGGCAUCAUCACCAACUGGGACGACAUGGAGAAAAUCUGGCACCACACCUUCUACAACGAGCUGAGGGUGGCCCCUGAGGAGCACCCUACCCUGCUGACCGAGGCCCCCCUCAACCCGAAGGCUAACCGCGAGAAGAUGACGCAGAUCAUGUUCGAGACAUUCAACGUUCCCGCCAUGUACGUGGCCAUCCAGGCUGUGCUGUCCCUAUACGCCUCUGGUCGUACCACCGGUAUCGUGCUGGACUCUGGCGAUGGCGUGACCCACAACGUUCCCAUCUACGAGGGUUACGCUCUCCCUCACGCUAUCAUGCGUCUGGACUUGGCCGGUCGUGACCUGACGGAUUACCUCAUGAAGAUCCUUACCGAGCGCGGAUACUCCUUUGUCACCACAGCCGAGCGUGAGAUUGUGCGGGACAUUAAGGAGAAGCUGUGCUACGUGGCCUUGGACUUUGAGAACGAAAUGGCCACGGCUGCCUCGUCCUCGUCCCUGGAGAAGAGCUACGAGCUGCCCGACGGUCAGGUCAUCACCAUUGGCAACGAGCGUUUCCGCUGCCCGGAGACCCUCUUCCAGCCGUCUUUUAUUGGCAUGGAGUCCGCAGGCAUUCACGAGACCACCUACAACAGCAUCAUGAAGUGUGACAUUGACAUCAGGAAGGACCUGUACGCCAACAACGUGCUGUCAGGCGGCACCACCAUGUACCCCGGUAUCGCCGACCGCAUGCAGAAGGAGAUCACAGCUUUGGCGCCCAGUACCAUGAAGAUUAAGAUCAUCGCCCCCCCUGAGAGAAAGUACUCCGUAUGGAUCGGCGGCUCCAUCCUGGCCUCCCUAUCCACCUUCCAGCAGAUGUGGAUCAGCAAACAGGAGUACGAUGAGGCCGGACCCUCCAUCGUCCACAGGAAGUGCUUCUAAGCCAGCACCGCCCUUCCUCCCUUUACCCGCAGCCAGCAGUUCAUUCGUCAUCAUCACAACUAUUUGUUUACAAUUUAUAUAUGUAUAGCUUUAUAAAUAAACAAGAACCCGGGACUUGCAAGGCACGCCUUUUUGUCUUCUUUAGACAAGGUGAGCCGUACCUAAUUAAAAAAACAAAACAAAAGAGAGGUGGUGGGGCGUCCUUUGACGCGUAAAGGUUAUUAAAGAUUUGAAUUAGAAAAGAUUACAGUGAGCGGAGAGGAUAAGCCACCUCACCAAGUUUCAUUGAGGGAAAACACAUGCAGUCAUGUGACCCCUAAUCUUCUUUUCUACAUUGAUGACCAAACCUCAGUGUAGACCACAAUAGCAAUACGGUCUAAAAAUAGUACACACUGUAGUCUAUGUUCUGUUUAGUGAUCAUAUCACUAAACAAAAUUUAGGGCAGGACUAUUUUUAACACUGCUCAAACACACAGAGUUAAUCUCACAAUCUCUGUACCGCCAUCAUAAUCAUGCAAUUCUGAUGUAUAUAUACUGGUAGAUAUAUAUGUAUAUGUAUUCUAUUUGCUACACUCCGCUUGCAUUGAGGCCAAGUAGUACAAAGACCCACGGUGUUCCAAUGGGGAAAACAAGUUAGUUGGCUGGCUAGUUUAAUUUGGCAGAUUAUCGUCACCUACAGGACUGGAGUGAAAUAUUGGUUUUAGUCCGAUGGAAGGUAAAUGUACAAGAAAAAUAUCAAAAUAUUCAUCUAAAUAGAAAAAAAGCCCAACUUUUGGGAGAAUAAAUUGUUAAUAUCAAACAAAAAGGUCAUUAUAAAAUAGUGCUUGUAUGACAAAAUGG